AUGAUCAUGUUAGCAGGAGCCGGAAUUCAUCAGCUUUACCUCGAAAGAAAAUACCCGACUCCGCGCGAAUGGUCAUUUGGGAGCCGCUGGGUAUUGCGCUCUGCCAUGACGAGAGAAUUUGAACCAUUUUCACGGAUUGAUGGUGUGAUAGUUGACUGGGCUCGUGUUGGAUCGUACUACAAACUGUUGCUGGAACGCCUUGAGGACCCCAAAAUCGACGGCCAGAAUCUCAUGGAGCAGGAUGAAGGUGGCAUCCUAGUGGAUGGCGUUGGUCGAACAGGAUUUGAUAUCUCCAUGAAGCCAGAAUCUUGGGGAAGAGGGUAUCACCAGGCGCUUAUGGGUGCUGCUAGGUCUGCAGAACACCUCGACGGCUACGUUACGGACAGGAAAAGGAAAAAGGUAUUUCCCAAGGAGAUGAUGAUAGGGCCGUCCAAUCCUCGACCAAAGCCGAAGCCCCACGGCUGGCAAGAUCCUCCUAAGGAGGAAGAUUGCGAUCCUGCUUACGCCAGUCCACAAGUCUUUUAUAUGAGGAUUUUGACAACAAAAGGCUUCAGCACCAGGCAACGUCUCGAUGCUGCUCUUGCCUAUGCUGAUUGGCUUGAUUUUAAGGGUCUGGCUGAGACAGCAGAAAGCAUGUAUGAUUGGGCUCUGGACAUUGCAGCAGGGGCCUUGCCAAUGGGCUCAAAAAAUGUGGUGGAUAUGAAGACUGGUGUCAUCAACCCCACUGCUGAAGCUCCUGCCUCGGAAAAUCUGCUUAAGGCGAGUACCGCCCUUGGGGUUCACCAUGCUCUCCACAAUAAUGUUCAGACGGCUUUGCCUAUAUUUUUGAGUGUGUUGAAGGCAAGAAAAGAUCUUCCACCAGACCCUUUGUCCCAUGCACGGCCCAAAGAGUUGAGCAAGCCAAAGGAAGAGAGUGUGAUUUCAGCAUAUCUUCGGGCGAUAAAAGACUGGCUUGUUGAAGCUCCGUAUCCGGCAAGCCCUCCAUCCGGUGAUGAGCCUCCUUUCCAUACUCUGGAAGAAGCGUGCGAGGAGGUAGGUCUGAUGACGUAUAUUGGCGAGAUUCUGUAUGCUACAUCGUCAAAAGAGAAAGGACUUUCAUGGACACGUGAUGCAGUUGAGGCCGCUGAGGCUAUCAUGUGGAUGAUGAAAGAAGAAGACAGGAAGGAUGGUGGUGAAAGGUGUCAAGAAUGUUUGGAGACAGGCCUCAACAAUUGGAAGAAGAUGGCAAGGUCGAUGGCCAAGGAGGCAGAGAAGAAAGAGAACAAGAAUGGUAGCAAAUCAUCUGGUUGGCUCAACUUUGGUCGAGAAGAUGCAGCUGUUCAGUCGAGAAGAUGGGAAGAGGAACUAACACAGAUCGAUCUCCGCAUUCAGAAGACGAUACCACUGGUUAAGCCUUUGGAGCCGGCACGAUCGUCCUGGUUGUCAGUCUGA